GGAGACGCCAGCACCAUGUUGAAGAAAAGAAUGUCUUCCAGCGACUUGGUUUUCAGGUUCGAGGUCCCUGUGAGCCCCAGGACAGCCAGGACGGCUCCAAGCAGCCCCAGGGAACCUCGAAGCCCCACUGACAGCCCCAACUCCGUGUUUCUCAGCUCCGAGGCUGAAAAUGGCAUGGAGGAGAAGAAGAGGAUGUGCAGGUCCCCCACGGCCCAGUCCCCCACCCUGUCCAGUGAGGCCGAGUCUCCAGACCAGAGGAAAACCAUUGGCCUACGGUCAAAGCCCAGUUUUGAUGGUGCUUCUUUAGCAAGUGAGAAGAAUGACUGUAAGACAGAGGGCAAGAAUGACUCCAAGACUGAAAGGAAGAAGUCAUCCUCCUCCAGCCAGUACAAAGCAAACAUGCACUUCCACAAGCUGUUUCUUGAUGUCCCCACUGAGGAACCACUGAGGCAAAGUUAUACAUGUGCUCUACAGAAAGAAAUAUUGUAUCAAGGAAAGCUCUUUGUAUCAGAAAAUUGGAUUUGUUUUCAUUCCAAGGUCUUUGGGAAAGACACUAAGAUCACCAUUCCGACUUUCUCCGUCACCCUCCUCAAGAAAACCAAAACUGCCCUGCUGGUGCCAAACGCCCUCAUCAUUGCCACAGUCACGGACAGGUACAUUUUUGUCUCCCUACUCUCCAGAGAUUCCACCUAUAAACUUAUAAAAUCCGUGUGUAGAAACUUAGAGAAUACAAGCGUUGGUAACAGUCCUAAUCCAUCUUCUCUUGAGAACAGUUUCCGGGCAGACCGCCCUUCAUCUUUGCCUCUGGAUUUCAACGAUGAAUUCUCAGAUCUGGAUGGAGUAGUUCGGCAAAGAAGGAAGCACAUGGAAGGCUACAGCAGUUCUGGUUCUCAGACUCCCGAAUCUGAGAACUCUCGAGAUUUUCUUGUGACUGGAUCUCAGACAUCUUUGAAUGUCUCCAAAGGAGAAAGCAAGCCAGCACGGGUAGAUGCCCAUGUGAACAGAGUACCUGAAGGCAAAGCUAAGAGUCUCCCGGCACAUGGUCAACCAGAAGCUAAUGGGAUCUUACACAAUGUAAAGCCUCAGAAAUGUCUGAAUCUCCACCACAUUCUUGUAUUCUACGCAAUUGUUGUCUGUGUACUAAUCAUCUCGACCUUCUACAUGAGAUACAGAAUUAAUACUCUGGAGGACCAGCUGGGAUCACUCACCACUACUGUGGACACUCAUCCUACGGAAUCUAUGGCAGCAUCCGGUCUGAGGUCACAAGUUCAGUUAAAUGUGGAGGUCCUCUGCCAAGAACUUACAACUAACAUAAUGAAAUUAGAAAAGAUACAAAACAACUUACAAAAGCUGCUUGAGAAUGGUGACUGACCAAUCCGAAGACCUGGGCCACCCAAAUAAAUACGUUGGGCUUCCCUUAGAAGACGAUGUUCCCCACAGGGUAUGACAAAGUGCUCCCUGCUGGCGGAGGAGCAAGUGAGCAAGCGAACAGGAGAGCAUGUGCUCUUGCGGGUGUCCAGUUGAACAAGGGGAUGGGGGAGCUUUGGUUCCAGUGCAAUAAAUAAAAGUUAAACUGGGCUCUCUUGGAGAA